AUGGACUUUGUACCAGGUUUGCCAAGGACUAGAGCAAGAUUUGAUGCGGUGUGGGUGAUUGUUGAUCAUCUGACGAAGUCUGCUCAUUUAUUGCAUAUGUAUGACUUAUUCUUUGGAGGAAUUAGCAAGAGUCGUCAGAAAAGAUAUGCUGAUCGAAGGCAGAAGCCUUUAGAGUUUAAAGAGGGUGACCACGUGUUCUUAAAAGUUAUUCCAACUACGGGUGUGGGUAGAGCGAUAAAGACAAAGAAAUUGAAUCUCCGUUGCAUUGGUCUGUUUCAAAUUCUGAAGAGGAUUGGGCCAAUAGUGUAUCAGAUGGCUUUGCCAGCACAUCUUUCAAACCUGCAUGAUGUAUUCCACAUUUCGCAACUUCAGAAGUACAGUUUUGAUGCAACUCAUGUGAUAGAUCCCGAAUCAGUUCAGUGA